UAUGAAAAGCAUCGAAAUAUACGGAUUCAUUGGAUGGAUCUCCUCCUACAUAGUAUUUGUAGUUUAUUUGGCAUGGGUAUUCCUACCAGAAUCAGCAUUUUAUGUAUUUUUAACCUUAUUGCUAAUCAAAAGUCAUUGGGAAUUCAUUAUUUCCCUUAGAAGUAUUGGGCCUUGGCAAUUCCGAGUUUCUUUGUUGCCACUAUUUUUACAGUGAUAACUGGCUAUGCAGCUCUGAAUUACUGUUUAUGCAACAAAUUGGAUUCAUAUGAAAAUGUCGAAGGUAUGGAAUGAAUGGGAUCAUCCUAGACAAAUAUACAAGACUCCACAAUCUCAAGAAGACAGAACUACAUGAAGGAUUGCCUGAAGUGUAUGAUAUUCCAAUAAACGUGGUGAACAAUGUGUUAUAUUGGCAGAAGGAGAUGGUCGAAAAAUAUAUACCUAAACAUAAUGAUUGAAUUCCAU